GUAUAUUAAAACACAGAGAGAAAAACUAAAAUGCUGGGUGGCUGCAAAACCCAAAACCCUACAGAUCGAGCUGCUCCGGGUCGAAUCAGCGAGUCGGGUCAAAAUCCUCGAGAAUUCACCUGAGAAAAUGUUCGCGAGGCGUCUCACUUCUUUCUUCAAAAAAUCCUCAACCUCAAGCUCGGACAAAGCCGUGAAAGAUGGGACGUUGGGCUCUUUUGGUCGGAAGGCAGUGUCUUUUGUCUUGAUUACAGUCACUGGUGGUGUUGCUUUGAGUGCUCUCGAUGACCUUUCUAUCUACCGUGGAUGUAGCAGCAAGGCAAUGGAGAAGGUGAUGAAUAGUAAGGCUAUGAUUGAAGCCAUCGGAGAGCCAAUUGAGAAAGGGCCAUGGUACAACGCAUCACUAGCUGUUUCUCAGCAAAGGCACUCAGUGUCUUGUUCGUUUCCUGUGAUUGGACCACAAGGCUCCGGAAUCUUGCAUCUCAAAGCUGUUCGCAAUGGAGAAGAUAGCUUGUUCGGGUUUCUCCAGCAAAGGGAGUGGGACAUUCUGAUAAUGGACGCACUUGUCCACGUCCCUUCAAACGAUGGACCCCAACAAACCUUGAGAAUCAACGUCUCUGACUUUGCUGCUCCUUCGGCUGGUACUGACGACUACAAACCAGAAGAGCCAGAGAAGAGCUAAGAAGAGGAAGAAAGACUGCGUACGCAAGCUUCGUGGAGCUCCUGGCUAUGUUUUUAUACCAUUCCAUUAUUUCUUGUGCCACAAGAAUAACAACAAUAGCCUUGGAUCUUUUAUUUGCUGAUAAUGAACACAUCCUUUUUAGGAAUA